AUGGGUAACUGCAUGCCAGGACAGGCAUUGAAUCAAGAAGACACUAAACUUGUGGUUGAUUGGGGAACUGGCGAAAGAGAAGUAUCUGUAUCAUUGAAUGACACAAUAAAAACAAUUAAAAAACGUCUCCAUUAUUUGACUGGUUAUCCCGUCGACGAACAUUUUCUUAUGUAUGAUGGCGGCUCACUUUGGCAAGAUAAUUGGGUUCUUGGAAGUUAUAAUCUUCCUAGCAAUGCCAAAAUUACUAUUCGGCGCAAUAAGACAUUCGGAAAACCUGUUAUUCGUCUUCGAUCUAUCAAUGGACAAUCGAUUUCAAAUGUCAAUGUUCAAAUACAUCUCAAUAGUGCUUGGAAUUUUUCGAGUGUCUAUCCAGAACUAGCCCAUACUGAUGGAGUUUCAUUUGUCGAAUGGAAUAAUAUUCAAGUUCAUCCAAAUGGACAAUUAAUAAUCAAACAAAAAGAACAAGAGAUCAAUAUGAGUGAGCUGUCUUAUAUAUCCCUAGAUGUAUAA